UUUGUGUUUAUAUUUCAUGAGUGUUUAUAUUGUUUAUGUUCUUUUCAUUUAGAUGCUCUUUAUUACAGGAUAAACGUAUAUAGAUAAAGAUGGAAGGAUUAGAAAUCACCUUUCUUUUUCAAUUUGGAUUAACUCGAGAUACUGUUACAGUAGAAUCUGGUAGUCUGACAUUAAAGUCUCUAAAGGAAUUUGCCUGUGAUUUUAUAAAUAGCAAAUGCCCAGAUCAUGGCUUAAGUCAACUUUUUGAAAGACUGCUGCUUUUUAAACAUGACUAUAAUUCUGUUAAUGUAUUACAACUAAUUACAAAUACAACUGAAGUUGUUGAUGAAACAUUAGUUGAAAUUAUAAUAUCAGGUCAGAUGUUAAUUGAAGAAAUUCCAAUUCGACCUCAUGCUUUAUCGGUACACUCCUUUAAAGCACCUACAUUUUGCGAUUUUUGUGGUGAAAUGCUGUUUGGCCUUGUUCGUCAAGGACUCAAAUGUGAAGGAUGUGGUAUGAAUUUUCAUAAAAGAUGUGUGAUAAAAACUGCAAACAAUUGUUCACAAGAUAUAAAUCAAAGGCGACAGAGUUCCACGUUUUUAAAUAUUCCAAGAUCACCAAGUCAAGGCUCUACUAGUAGUUUAACUAGUGUUAGUGACGAUAAUCACAGUGUUACAAUAACCCCAAGUUCCAGUCAAAAUAACAGUACUCUGGGUAUACCAAGUAUUAUAACUCCAAAACAAUCUCGUUUACCCUCUUUAAGUGGACGGUCAGCUUGGGUAGAACGAGAAUUGGCAACACGUGUAAAAAUUCCACAUACCUUUGUAGUGCAUACGUAUACACGCCCAACAGUCUGUGGAUUUUGUAAAAAAUUAUUACGAGGAUUAUUUAAACAAGGUCUACAAUGUAAAGAUUGUCAAUAUAAUUCUCAUAAAAAAUGUAUAGAAAAUAUUCCCAAAGACUGUACAGGAGAAAAUUCUAUAGAUUUUGCAGGUAAUGAAUACCCUGAUAGUGGAGUUGGAAGUGAGCCAGAGGGUAGAUGUGAUGGUCGCAAUGAAGAGGGAGAUAAUGAUAGUGACACAGAAUCUCUUGCACCACGUACUCAUAUAUCGAUUAUACUAGAUGAUAAUAAAAUUAAUGGUGAUUAUAUUGUUCAUACACCAAAUGGAGAUAAAUUUUCUGAAAACUUCGAUAGAUUUAGACCAGCAAGUUCAACUCCUAGCAAUAAUAUUCCAUUGAUGAGAAUUGUUCAGAGUGUAAAACAUACAAAAAAACGAGGUUCUAAAAUUUUAAAAGAAGGUUGGAUGGUACACUUUACAAAUCGAGAUUCUACUAGUAAAAGGCAUUAUUGGAGACUUGAUACAAAAGCAAUUACAUUAUUUCAAAAUGAUAUUGGAUCAAAAUAUUAUAAAGAAAUUCCAUUAUCUGAAAUUUUAACAAUUGAAAGUGCCAAAACACCCUACGCUCAAACAAUGCAUUGUUUUGAAUUAAAAACAGGGAAUGUAGACUAUUAUGUUGGAGAAAAUUUAUCGUAUAGCAAUGAAAGAGGACAAUUUCCACUAUUAGACAAGGGUAUUGAUGUUCAUUUAGCUAGAUCUUGGGAAAUAAAUAUUCGGCAGGCAUUGAUGCCUGUUACUAGUGGUUCUUCUAAUCAUGAAUCUGAAGCUAAAGAAUUAGAAGAAAAUGUUAUGGAUAUGUCACAGCUCUAUCAGAUUUUUCCAGAUGAAGUUUUAGGGUCUGGACAAUUUGGUAUUGUAUAUGGUGGAGUUCAUCGUAAAACUUCAAGAAAGGUUGCUAUAAAAGUCAUAGAUAAAUUGCGAUUUCCCACAAAACAAGAGGCUCAACUAAAAAAUGAAGUGGCUAUUUUGCAAAAUCUUUCACAUAUGGGUGUUGUAAAUUUGGAAAGAAUGUUUGAAACUCCAGAGAGAAUUUUUGUCGUAAUGGAGAAAUUAAAAGGUGAUAUGUUGGAAAUGAUACUUAGUUCUAAGAAAGGUCGAUUAAGUGAGAGAGUUACAAAAUUUUUGAUAACACAAAUUCUUAUCGCCUUGAAACAUUUACAUAGUAAGAAUAUAGUGCAUUGUGAUUUAAAACCUGAAAAUGUUUUAUUAAGUAGCAAUAGCGAGUUCACUCAAGUAAAAUUAUGUGAUUUUGGUUUUGCAAGAAUUAUUGGAGAAAAGAGUUUUCGUAGAAGUGUUGUUGGUACACCAGCAUAUUUAGCACCAGAGGUCUUAAGAAAUAAAGGUUACAAUCGUUCCUUAGACAUGUGGAGUGUUGGAGUUAUAGUGUAUGUUUCUUUAAGUGGAACUUUUCCAUUCAAUGAAGACGAAGAUAUUAAUGAACAGAUUAAAAAUGCUGCCUUUAUGUAUCCUCCAAAUCCAUGGAAAGAAAUUUCAACUAAUGCUAUAGAUUUAAUUAAUAAUUUACUUCAAGUUAAGCAGCGAAAGCGAUUUUCAGUUGACAAAAGUUUAAUGCACAUUUGGUUGCAAGAUUACCAGACAUGGCGUGAUCUGCGCGAACUUGAAAAUCGUGUGGGUUGCCGCUAUCUGACACACGAGAGCGACGAUGCGCAUUGGCAGGGACAUGCCAAUAAUGUUGAAAUCGCAUGACAUAGCAGUAACUGUGGACCAGUGCUGGACAUAUCUGAGCCUAUUACUAAGGGCUGGGUUCGCACCGCUCGCGACACACUUCGACGAUUCAUUCGUGUUUGACUAAACGGAUAAUAUUAACAAAAAGGAACAAUCUCUGGAUCUCAAUUAGAGAUCAGUUAAUGAAACCCAAUUUCGUCUUUCUCAUCAUCAUCUUCAUUCUCCCAUCGUUUUUUUGCUUUCUUUCUUUGAAUAAUAAAGUU